GACAGUACCGUUCAGACUGGCUUCACCGGGGAGCCAAGCCCCGCCUAAAGGUGCCGGCCGACUGCCCCACAGGCCCCGCAGCGGCAAGCAUGGCCUCUCCCGGGGCCCCCGAGCCCCGGCCGGAGCUACCGGAGCAGAACUCUGGGUACCGAGAGGUCCAGUACUGGGACCAGCGCUACCGGGACGCGGCCGACUCUGCCCCCUACGAGUGGUUCGGGGACUUCUCCUCUUUCCGUGCCCUCCUAGAACCGGAGCUGCGGCCCGAGGACCGUAUCCUCGUGUUAGGCUGUGGAAACAGUGCCCUGAGCUACCAGCUGUACCUUGGGGGCUUCCCUGAUGUGACCAGUGUGGAUUACUCAUCAGUAGUGGUGGCCGCCAUGCGGGCUCGCUAUGCUCAUGUGCCCAAGCUGCGCUGGGAGACCAUGGACGUACGGGCACUGGGCUUUCCCAAUGGUUCCUUCGAUGUGGUGCUCGAGAAGGGCACGCUGGAUGCCCUGUUGGCUGGAGAGCGGGAUCCCUGGACCGUGUCCUCUGAAGGUGUCCACACUGUGGACCAGGUGCUGAGUGAGGUGAGCCGAGUGCUGGUCCCUGGAGGCCGGUUCAUCUCGCUGACCUCUGCUGCCCCCCAUUUUCGGACUAGACACUAUGCCCAAUCCCGUUAUGGCUGGUCCCUAAGGCAUGCAACCUAUGGCAACGGUUUCCACUUCCAUCUCUACCUCAUGCACAAGGGCAAAGAGCUUAGUGUGGCCCAGCUGGCUCUUGGGACCCAGAUCCUCUCAUCCCCCAGACCUCCCACCUCACCCUGCUUUCUCCAGGACUCAGAUCAUGAGGACUUCCUCAGUGCCAUUCAGCUGUGAGGCCAGAAGCAUGGUCCUUGAGUUCUCCUUACCUUUCUGCCCUGGACUCCUCAAGUUGUUGUAAUUCCUGACUCAGGGCUUAGGGUUGGGUCCAAGGUGCUCACAUCCCAGGGGCCUGAUGCCUAAGACAGAGCUGAUGAAAGCAACCCCACAUGAAACAAUAUAGCCCAGGCUAAGUUACACCUCAAAUCACAGGUUUCUGGCUUCCUUCUUGGGUUUCUCAGAUCUCUCCUGGGCUCCCCAACUUCCUUUCCCACCAUAUUGAAUCCACCACAGCCCCUCUGCUUGCCAGCCAGAGAGACCUGCAUCCCUGGGGCCUGUUGUUGCCUCCCCACCCCCUUCAACCUGGAUUUAUCCACAGGAGGCUGCAGACUUGGCAUCUAGAUUGCUUUACAAUUCUGACCCUAACUCCAGCCCCAACUCUGAUGACCCGUCCUGUUCUGAUUGUAUAUUUACCCAAGACUGCUACAUUGUAAUGAUGUUCUCGG